CCCCAGGAGCGCGGCUGGUUGCUGGGCAGCCCAUCCCGGCCCGGACCCGGAGCCGGGCACAGGGGCUGGAGCCGAGAAUCUGGACACAGAGCUUGAUCGCCAGAGCUGGGCCCUGAACACUGGGCUUUGGGCUAGGUCCCAGAUCUGCCCCUGGGUGGGGGGUGCAGGUGCAGGGCACCUUCCCCUCUCACUAACUUCCCUGGGAACCCACACCCUGAGCCUGGUGCCCACAAGGAGGCAGCCCCACCAGCCAGGGAGCCCCUGGCCCCACACCUCCGGUCCUGGGCCAGCCCAGAAGCAGCCCACCAAGCUGCGCCAUGGGGAAGAUGCUGCCAGCCCAGGAAGCUGCCCGGAUCUAUCACACCAACUACGUGCGGAACGCCAGGGCCAUGGGGGUGCUGUGGGCACUCUUCACCCUCUGCUUCGCCGUCAUCAUGGUGGUGAGCUUCAUCCAACCCUACUGGAUCGGUGACAGCAUCGACACUCCACAGGCCGGCUACUUCGGCCUCUUCUCCUACUGCAUUGGCAACGCCCUGACCGGCGAACUCAUCUGCAAGGGUAGCCCCUUGGACUUUGGCACCAUCCCCUCCAGUGCCUUCAAAACAGCCAUGUUCUUCGUGGGCAUCUCCACCUUCCUCAUCAUUGGCUGCAUCCUCUGUUUCAGCCUGUUCUUCUUCUGCAAUUCAGCCACCGUCUACAAAAUCUGUGCCUGGAUGCAGCUGGCGGCAGCGGCUGGCCUAAUGAUAGGUUGCCUGAUCUACCCGGAUGGUUGGGAUUCCAGUGAAGUGAAGCGUAUGUGUGGGGACAAAACUGACAAAUACACACUAGGGGCAUGCACUGUGCGCUGGGCCUUCAUCCUCUGCAUCAUUGGGAUCCUUGAUGCCCUCAUCCUCUCCUUCCUGGCCUUUGUUCUAGGGAACCGGCAAGAUAAUCUCCUCCCAGACGAUUUCAAAGUAGAAAAUAAAGAGGAGGCCCAUGAAUGAAGAAGCUGAACACCACAGGACAUCUAGAGCCCCUCCAGGUAACGACCAGAAACUUGAUGCUUUUCUUAUCAAUCAUUUUGAAAGAACUCUAUUCUCCCUACAAACUUUCUUGAAAAGAUUUCAUGCAAUGGGUUGCUGGAGACUCAACCCCCUCAUGGAAUUUAUUUGGA